AUGGAGUUCAAGCCGGGUUUUCUCACUUCUCACACCUGGAAUAUCAUUAGAACAUCAAAGCCGAAGGUAGAGUGGAGCAAAGGGAUUUGGAUUUCUGAGGCCACUCCCAAAUUUGCUUUCAUAACAUGGGUGGCAAUGCAUAAUAGGCUUGCAACAGGAGACAGAGUGUUACGUUGGAAUCCUCAAGCCAUAACUACUUGCUGGCUUUGUAGGAUAGAACCUGAAACUAGAGAUCAUUUGCUAUUUGAAUGUCCUUUUUCAGAGGAAGUGUGGAAAGGAGUCAUUGGAAAUUUGGUGAGUAGUGGUACUGGCUAUAGCUGGGCUCAGGUGACUCAAACUGUGGUAAAUGGAUUGAGGGAGAGAAUUGCAACCUUUCUCUUGCGAUACAGUUUUCAAGCAGCAGUCUAUGCUCUUUGGAAUGAGAGGAAUGCUAGAAGAGUGGGGGAUUUUUCUCAACCAGCUACAUGUCUGAUUACAAGGAUAGAUAAGUUGGUGAGGAACAGAAUAACUUCACUUAGACAGAGGAAUAGAAGGAAGUACGAGAAGGCAAUGGAAAAGUGGAUGGAGAGAACUUGA